AAUGAGCUGUAAACACUGCCUUUCUGAAAAAAUGACACGUUGAUGCAGAGAGUUAUCUUUGUCUCAUAUGACACUGAGCGUGCUGCCAACAAAAUUAUAAACUUCUGGUAUGUUUCUCUAGUCUGUGAAAUUGGCUAAAUAUAAAGUGUGCAGGAAAUAUAAAGCAUUGCCUCUUCAAGAGCUAUAGAAAUUGCAAGGGCAAGCAGCAGUUGACAUUCUGUUCAUGGGUGUCCUACUUGAUGUGUAGAUCAGUCUGGGUAAGUGUUUCUAGCAAAGCAUGCACUAGUAGCUUCAUUUUGUCAUUUUGCCCGAAAAAAUUAGUUUUAGGGAGGAUUUUAGCCAGUAUUUUACAGCAAGGACUUAAGUAAUGGCAUAUAAAAGGAUCAUGCUCCGUUAAAUUUGGAAAACUUAUUUGUGCAGUUGUUCAGCACCCCAAGAUGCACGUUGCCCCCAGUAAGCUGCAGUUACUCCUGACGGGGGUAGUUUGUAUUGCCCAGUUUCAUGCUGUACCAUCUGCUCUUCAGAAAGAUCCCAAGUGCGGGCAGCAAAUUCGAGAGGCAAAACCAUGGAGUUACCUUAACCUGUUCACUCGGAUUGUUGGGGGAAACCAGGUGAAAAAAGGCUCACAUCCAUGGCAGGUUUCCUUGAAACGAAGGCAACAGCAUUUCUGUGGAGGCACCAUUGUUUCUGCUCAGUGGGUGGUCACAGCAGCUCACUGCCUCUUGGACAGCAAUGUACUCCAGUACUUGACUGUCACUGCAGGAGAGUACGAUUUGAGGAUCAAGGAGAAGGGCGAGCAGACGCUCCCUGUUAAAUAUGUCCUUAAGCAUCCCAACUUUGAUUCCAGAAGGCCUAUGAACUAUGACGUUGCCCUUCUGAAGCUGGAUGGAGCCUUCAACUUCAGUUCAUCAGUUUUGCCAGCAUGUCUUCCUGACCCAGGGGAAAAGUUUGAAGCAGGAUAUAUCUGCACUGCUUGUGGUUGGGGCCGUUUAAAUGAGAAUGGAUUACUCCCUCAGGUCUUAUAUGAAGUCAAUCUACCAAUCCUAAACAGUAAGGAAUGUUCAAGAGCAUUAUCAACUUUAAAGAAACCCAUUCAAGGUGACACUGUAAUGUGUGCUGGAUUUCCAGAUGGAGGAAAAGAUGCCUGUCAGGGAGACUCAGGAGGCCCUCUUCUGUGCCGACGCAAGCACGGUGCCUGGACUCUCGCUGGUGUGAUCUCCUGGGGCAUGGGAUGUGCUCGUGGCUGGAUAAAUAAUGAGAAGAAGAAACACUACAACAGAGGAUCUCCAGGAAUAUUCACAGACCUCAGUGCAGUGCUUUCCUGGAUUCAAGAGAACAUGGGUGCUGAUCUGAAAAUGAAAAGCUCCACUGCGUUUUGUAGCAUUCAGGAUGGCAAACUCCCUGACAGUGAAGGAGAGUUACAUUUUCCUGGCAGUCCCAAACAGUUCUAUCAAAACCACCAAUUGUGUGUAUGGACUCUAUUUGUACCAGAAGGGAAUUAUAUAUUGCUUCAGUUUUCCCGCUUUGAUAUAGAGCCAGAAACAUUCUGUGACUAUGAUUCUUUAUCAGUCUAUUCAAAAGAGGAUAGACUUGUUGGGAAAUUCUGUGGGGGAGAUCUUCCAUUACCUAUUUUGGUUGGCUCCAAUAGUAUAAGGCUGAAAUUUGUUUCUGACAACAAGGAUUAUGGAACUGGUUUUUCCAUGACCUACAAAGCGCUUACACCAGAUAUUCUUCCUGAUUCUGGCUGUGAGUCCUCAGCUGUCCUUUUUGAAGAAGGAGUGUUACAAAGUCUGCACUAUCCAGAGCACUACAGCAACAUGGCAGACUGUCAAUGGAUUAUCUGUGCACCGCAGGACCAUGUAAUCAAGCUUACAUACCAGUCUUUUGAAGUGGAAGAGAGUGAAGAUUGCUCUUACGAUGCCGUGACUGUUUAUGAAGACGUGAGAAAAGAGGAGGAAAUCGCCAAGUCUUGUGGAUUUGCCUUACCAGCACCUGUUCUAAGCUCUUCUGCUAUGAUGCUGAUCGUCUUUCACUCCGAUGAAACAGAGACCUUUGGAGGAUUCAGAGCUACAAUCUCUUUUGUUCAUGUAAAAGAUUUAGAAACUUUGGAUUCAACUCCUGAAGAACAAUUUGAAGAUAUGGAUAUAACUGAAGAAGAAAUACAGGUUACAACAGACGAUAUUUGUGGAAUGCCUUCAAAUCAGCCCAGGUUCAUCUUCAGUAGGAUAAUUGGAGGUGAAGAAGCUGUACCACACUCAUGGCCUUGGCAGGUCAGUGUACAAAUUUCAGAUCAACAUAUCUGUGGAGGAGCAGUUCUUGCCAAAGAAUGGGUUGUCACAGCUGCCCACUGCUUUAAUUCUAAGGAACUAUACAGAGGCUUAUGGAUGGUGGUAACAGGGCUGCAUGAUCUUACAGAGCAAGAAUACAGACAGAAAAGGUCAGUAAAGCAGUAUAUUAUACAUCCAAGAUUUAACAAGACCACUAUGGACUCUGAUAUUGCCUUACUGCAACUGGCUGAGCCUUUAGAAUUCAACCACUAUGUGCGCCCAGUGUGCCUCCCUGCCCAGGAGGAGAUGGUCCAGCCCUCAAGGGUGUGUGUCGUCACGGGAUGGGGUGCCCAUGAAGAAGACAGAGAAAAGGGGAAAAAACUGCAUCAGCUUGAAGUCCCCAUCCUGGUGCUUGACACAUGCCAGAGCUAUUACAUAAAUCUUCCCAGUAGAGUGACCCAGCAGAUGCUCUGUGCUGGAUUUCCUCUGGAAGAAGGCAAGGACUCAUGCACAGGUGAUUCUGGUGGCCCAUUAGUUUGUCCUUCAGAAGAUAACUUGGGUUUUUACACCCUUCAUGGAAUCACUAGCUGGGGCUUGGGAUGCGGAAGGAAGAGCUACCCAGGAGUAUACACAAAUGUUGGUGCUUUUGUUGACUGGAUCAAGCAGAGUAUUAAUAGUAGUGAUCUCCCCAUUUUCAUGGUGUGACCAUCAAAAGAGCAGUUCUGAUGGACCACAUUGUAAAACGCUUCCAAAGAACAAAUCUCAUUGAAAACAAAAUUUGGUGAGAGAGUGUUAGUUCAUGAUUGGUGACCAGAUUCCAAAGUAGCUGAUACUUAUCCUGGUGAAUUUACACCUGAUUUACCUGAAUUGAGACUUUGGCUUUACACAUGUGCUUGGAACAGAUUAAUUGCAGGCUUCAGACAUUUUAUUAAUUUAGAAGGAAAGAGAGGGAAAAUAAUCCACCAUAAACCAAGUGUAUACUUGAAUGUAGUACUGGAGAACAUAAAAAUACUGCAGAAAUUAGAUGAAAUAAGUGCCUGUGUAAAACAACUGAAGGGCCAGUCAGUCAUCCUUCCAUAAAGAUCAAUGAAAAUAUUGUCUCUGGUAGUGUGAGGACCUAGGCAGGGGCAGGAGUAGUGCUUAAGGAGCAGAACGUUGUCUAGUCAUUAGUGAUAUGAAUCCAUCCAGUUGCUGGGAAAAGGGUACUUAUAAUACAGUUCCUGUUUUAACAAAUUGCAUGUUGUUUAAACAGAAGUGUUUAAAAAGACACGUGUUACAGGCCAAGGGCCUUGUCACCAUGCAAGAACUGACAGCUGUCCUAAUUAAUCUAUACAUAUAAUUAAAUAGGUAAUGUGUAAUCCACACGCUGCAAACUGAGCACAUUUACUUGUAAAUAGCAGAUAGGUUUAUGUCAAAAUGGCUGCUUACCCAAGAGAUGGUGAUGACAGGCUCCUGUUAGCUUGGCAGACUCUUCUGUGCACAGUCUCAGUGUUAGAAGCUAGAUCAGUGUGAUAGUACAAUAGGUAACACAAGUAUAAUCCUUCUUUGACUAAAUGGUCUGGAAAAAAAACUACAAAAGAAGUAAGAGAUCUCUUUUUCUUUUAUGAUAUUAAUGGCAAAACUCUUGAGAGACAUGUUUCCCAUAUAUGCAUCGGUGCCAGUAACUAAACUUUUUUGAAGACAUUAGUUUAGAACUUCUUAUUUUAAAGAGACAAUUUUAUUCUGUUGCUGGGGAAAAAAAAAUAAAUCUGUCUACCUUUAUUCCCAAAUGAAUACUGUAAACAUUUUUGACCAGUUUCUUCUCUUCACUGUAAAGUUUCAAGCAAAAGCCCACAAAAUAAUGUGGAGCAUGAACUUCCUGUGAAACUAUGAGAAUACUUUAUGGUGGAAGGACUAUGGACAAAUUCAGAUUAUGCUUGUUCUAUCUUUGACAAGCUCUUUGAAGAGGUCUUUGGAGAGAAAUGGAGGGAAAAUAUACUUUGCAAUUUUUCAUUAUGGAAGUCUGAACUUGCUAUUAGCUAACUAUUUCGGGUUAAAUAUGCUGGGAGCAGAUGUGUCUAAUUGCUUGGAUGCUAUUCCGUUUUGCUUAACAGGAACAAGAUGAGUUAAAAUACCUGUAAAGUUUUUAUCUGCCUAUUAAUCUCAUAGAAGGAUAUCAAGUGGAUGUGUUCAGAAAGAUUAAAAGGUUGGGGGAGAACUACUGGUAUCAGCUGUGCUAGCCCUAUUGAAUGCCAUGGUUAUAUGCCAAUAAAUUUAUAGUGCUUUAAAAAUUCCUUUCAUAUAGUAGGAAUGCUUUCUUCAGUUAUUUGUAUUUGACUUGAUUUUUGCUUAACUGCAUGAUGCUGACCUUUUGUAUUUCUUCUAGUAUGGUUUUACAAGUAGUCUAGUUUUGCUUUUGGUGUAUUUUUUUAUUCUAUUGUAAGCUGACAGUAUCUUUUAGCAGUAAUGUGAACUGGUUUGUGAUGCAAAUGAAAUCGGAUUUUAAAAAAAAUAAAAAUUUACUUUCAAUGGCA